AUGGACCACGACGACGACAUAGAUCUGGACAAUGCCCCUCUCGUGGGAAAGCAACCCUCUUCCAAUCCUGCAGAAGAUGCUGCGGCUGUUAGAAGACCGAGAAAAUGGGACUUCUUCGUCCUGACCGUUCCUUUUUUUGGUCUGCAGCUGGCUUGGACGAUUCAGCAGGUGUAUGGAAUUCCUUACCUGUCUUCGCUCGGAGUACCCAACACCCAGAUGCCCAUCUUUGUGUUGUCCGGGCCAUUGGCAGGCCUCAUUGGGCCGCCAAUUGUUGCAGCGAUCAGCGAAAAAUGCAAUGGACCUUGGGGCAAAAGAAAACCUUUUAUUUUUCUCGGCGGCGUCGGGACUAUCGUCUCCUUCCUCGUCCUGGCAACGGCUAAGUCGCUCGCAGUGAGGUUGGAUUGCAGCAUCCUCAGCUCUGAAUCUCCCAGCGCGGCAGAAACAGGUUCACACAUUAUUGCCGGCCUGAGCAUUUACGCCUUGAAUUUCUCGAUCCAGCCUCUCGCGCUCGGCCUCCGUUCUUCUGUGGUUGACUGCUUCCAACCGCAGCACCAGCCCUCCGCCAUGUUGUGGGUCAGUCGCUUCUCGGCACUGGGAUCCGUAUUUGUCGCUCUUGUUGGGCUCGUGUAUAGUCCGGCUUUCUGGAAUCUCAGUGUUGUCGUGACUUCCGUCCUGGCGUUGCUACUAUGUGUCGUGGCCUUGACGGACACUGCGAGGCUUUUGCCGCAGCAGUGUUUGGGGCGCAGAAAGGAGGAAACAACGGUUCGCGUCUCACUACGUGAUCACGUUUGCUGGCUCGUUGAAAAGGCGCGCCAUCUGCCACCCAUGACAAGACAGACGUGCCGUGUGCAGCUGGUGUCAUGGUUCGCCUGGUUUUUGGUUCUGCACUACACCAGCGCACUCACUUCUCUCGUUUACGAGAAGACCGAUACUCCGGAAGAAGACUCGUCAACACUGCCAUCAAAAUCUGGAGAUGCCAUGUCUCGCGUCGCACUACUCUUCCACUCUGCCGCUUUGGUCACUCUCGUGGUUGUCUCCAUGGUAUGGCGGCGAUCCGUAAAUAGAAGUGCCUUCACUGGAAGACAGCCCGACACUGAGACUGACGAUGAGACCACCCUCCAUCACCACAGCAUCAAACUAGCCCACACGCGCAACAAGCUUAUGCGAUGGGUCUGGAGGCCGAGUUUGGCAGCACUUGCGGCCUCAUUGACUGGAAUUUGCCUACUUAUCUUAAUGGCCACUAGUCCGUUUUCGCCUACCAUCGCAACCACGGUAUCACUCCUGCUCGGCGGCAAUGGUAUACUUUUCGCAUUAUCGAAUUGGGUGCCGUACGCGCUGAUUGCGUGUGAAGCUUCGGCACAAGCCCAGUCGCAGCUUCUGACCAUAGCGGGAGACGAUAUUGCCACUAGUGAGACUGGUAUCAUGUCGCUGCAAGCGGAUGCCGACGAAGUCGAGUCUGAUCAUGGCAAUUUUCAAGACGAUACACCUCUGCUCCUGGCAUUCCAUAACAUGGCGAUUACCGUGCCGCAAAUCGUAGCGAAUGAGCUGAUAUGA